AUGUCGUUAAAAGUACCAAAGGCCAAUAACGUCGAGCUCUUUAAGAAUGGCUACAAGCACCUCCAGGGUCUCGAGGAUGCCGUCCUUCGAAACAUCCAGGCAAUUUCAGAGUUGUCCGAUCUCGUACGGACAAGCUUUGGACCAAAUGGUCGUAAUAAAUUAAUAAUCAAUCAUCUUGGCCGACUUUUCGUAACAUCCGAUGCCGCUACCAUCAUCAGGGAGAUCGAAGUCAUUCACCCGGCAGCUAAGCUUCUUGUAAUGGCAUCACAAGCUCAAGAGUCUGAGAUGGGUGACUCCACCAACAUGGUCAUUAUUCUCGCAGGAGAACUUCUCAAAAAGUCUGAAAACCUCCUUGUUAUGGGGCUUCAUCCUAGUGAAGUAAUCAAGGGAUAUGAACUUGCAUGCGCGAAAGCUCUCGCGGAACUUGAAAGCCUAUCAACGUCCAGCCUACCUUCCCCUUUCACCGGGGAAUCCCUCGUUACAGCUCUCAAACCCGCUAUUGCAUCAAAGCAAUACGGUUACGAGGACACGCUUUCAUCUCUAGUCGCCGAAGCCGCACUCGUGGUCAUGCCCAAAAACCCAAAGAAUUUCAACGUCGACAACGUCCGCGUCGUCAAGAUCAUGGGCGGCAGCCUUUCUGGCAGCAAAGUCGUACAAGGGAUGGUGUUUGGUCGCGAACCGGAAGGUAUCAUCAAAAAAAUUUCAGGCGCGAAAGUGGCUGUCUUCACAUGUGCCCUCGAUGUUGCCCAAACCGAAACGAAAGGCACUGUCCUGCUCAAAAGCGCAGACGAAAUGCUCAAUUUUACGCGCGGCGAGGAGCAACAACUUGAAAGGAUCUUUAAAGAAAUCGCUGAUUCAGGCAUCAAAGUCAUCAUCGCAGGCUCGUCCAUCGGCGAUCUCGCCCUACACUACCUCAAUCGCUUCAACAUCGCCGUUCUCAAAGUCCUCUCCAAAUUUGACCUCCGCCGCGUAGCUCGUGUCGUCAACGCCACACCCCUCGCCCGUGUCGGUGCACCCACCGCAGAGGAAGCAGGUUAUGUCGACAUCUUCGAGACGACGGAAAUCGGUGGAGACCGUGUCACUGUCCUCCGUCAGCUCGCUUCUGGCGAGGAUGGGUAUCAGGGACAUACAGAGAAGACGCGCACAGCAACGAUCGUGCUUAGAGGGGCGACGGCCAACCAUCUCGACGAUCUCGAGCGCGCGAUCGACGAUGGCGUCAAUGUGAUCAAAUCCCUCAUAAAAGAUCCACGGUUAGUUCCAGGUGCAGGUGCAACGGAGCUGGAGCUAGGCAAGCGUGUCGAGGCAUACGGGAGCGGGAUGAGGGGGCUGGCACAACAUGCUGUGAAGCGGUAUGCUACAGCACUCGAAGUCAUACCCCGAACGCUCGCUGAGAACGCCCUGGGAGGUGCUGAGGGCAACGAGGUUCUCAGUCGGUUGUGGGCCAAGCACGAACAGGAGGGCGGCGAAGCCUGGGGUGUCGAUAUAGAGGCCGAACGAGAUGGCACUUUGCUAGCUACCGACUUCAAGAUUCUCGACCCACUAGCCGCAAAACAGUGGGCCAUCAAGCUCGCAACAGAAGCCGCUGUAUCGGUACUCAGCGUCGACAGCAUCAUCAUGAGCAAACCUGCAGGAGGACCCAAAGUCCCUCAACAAGCAAGUAACUGGGAUGAAGAUUAG